AUGAGUGAUAGACGCAAGCACGGUGAAGAGAUCCUUGCGAAAUCAUCCGACGAUGAGCCCUCAAAAUCACUAGAUGUAGGACUGAGUGGCAUCGCAAAGAAUCCCUACCCGUUCCCGGGAGACGAACAGCCUUUCUCCUGGACCAGAUACCAGACGGCGAGCCUCAUCCAAAAGAGCGCGGAUGAGGCCCAGGGUGAGCAGCAAGCAUCAGCAUCGGCAUCGGCACCGGUAUCGGCAUGUACUACUAAUGCAUCGCGCGAUGUCCAAAUGGCGUCACCUGAGGCAGAGCUGGAUUUAGGCGAAUUCGUACAGCUUUCAGACUCUUCUCCGGAGAAAGAGUCCAGUCCUGGCCCAGACUCUACAGUGACACAGAAGAAGCAGGCGAAGACGCAGGAUUGA